UGGUACAGAUAUCUCGCCACUUCGCGCGUUGGGAGAUGUGUAUAAAAAUCGGCGAAACGGCUCUAUUUGUUCUGUUGCCUCUGCUCCGCGAGGUGGUGAAUUCAGGAAGUAGAUACCAGUGCAAGUUGAUCUGAUCCCGUUGCCAAGCAAGGAGCCCGGAAGAAGUAAAAAUGAAGUUCCUUGCUUCGACCAUCGUUUCAAUUUCGUUGAUCCUUGCGCUCAGCGUGGGAGACAGCAGGGCGGAAAUUGCGGAAGUGCUGUCUGGAGUUUGUCAUACGGAGGAUCCGAAAUUUUCGGAAUGUGUCGCGGAUGUGGUUGACAAGAUAAGGCCUAACAUUGCCUCCGGCAAUUUUGGCAAGGAUCGCGUAGCCGUUCCUCUCGAUCCGUACUGGAUGGAUAAGAUGGACAUCGAUCAUGGGCGUAGCUUCCGGUGUUUUCUGCGAAAUGUAACCAUCGAGGGAGUGAGCACGUUCCAGAUUCUUAAGAUCAAAAAGGAUAUUCCGGCAAAGAGGUUUAACAUCACUGUGAGGAUACCGAAGCUUUUCGUUUUCGGAAAGUACGAUUUGGAUAUGAACAUACUGCUGCUGAAAAUUUCAGGCAAAGGAGACUUCAAUUUGACUUUAGGCAACACCUUGGUUAGUCUCAAGCUGCAGUAUUUCGCAGACACCAAGGACGGAAAAGACUACAUGCAGUACCGUCCGCUGGAGAUCAAAUUCAAAUUCGACAAGGCCGAGUUCUAUCUGAAGAAUCUGUUCAACGGCGAUCCGGCCCUGGAGAAAAUUGGCAACCAGGCCAUCAACGCCGAUCCGCACGUGCUGCUGGAGGAAGUGAGGCCAUCGAUGGAACAACAGCUGCGGGAUUCACUGACCGACAUCUCGAAUACUGUGGUGAGGGGCUCGGAAAUUCUGGAACUGCUGCCUCCGUAAGCGUUUGUUGAGGGUCGAGUGCACGUGUGUAACUUUAUUCAAUCGAUUCCAAAGAAUUAAAGCUGUAGGGUAAUAGGUUUA